ACAAUCUCGUUUUUCCUAAUUAAUCUUGAAAUAUGUAUAUCACUCAGUAGAUGUGUAUAUAUACAUAUCUGCCUCGAUGCCUUUAAUUUCAUCACGCACAACACAACACCAGCCACUGCCCUUUCCAUUUCCACCUUUACUUCUUUACUCCCUCAACCAAACCUUUUGCUGCUCUCUUUACAUCCAUUUUUCUCAACUUUAUACUUCAUAGUAUUCCCUUACAAUUUAUACAUACAUAUAUAUAUAAUGGGAAGUGAGCUUAAGACAUGGGUGGCGCUGUGCGUGGUCGCGGCCGUGGCCGUGGCGGCGCUGGCGGAGCCCCAAGUUCCAUGUUACUUCAUAUUUGGCGACUCAUUGGUUGACAAUGGAAACAACAACAACAUUCAGUCCUUGGCCAGGGCUAACUAUUUGCCUUACGGCAUCGAUUUCCCGGCCGGCCCCACCGGCCGCUUCUCCAACGGCAGAACUACUGUAGAUGUCAUCGCUGAGCUGCUAGGGUUUGAUGACUACAUUCCACCUUAUGCGAGCGCUCGCGGCGAGCAGAUAAUGAGGGGAGUGAACUACGCAUCCGCCGCAGCCGGAAUCCGACAAGAAACCGGCCAGCAACUAGGAGCUCGAAUUGACUUCACCGGGCAAAUAAACAACUACAAGAACACAGUGGCGCAAGUGGUGGACAUACUAGGCGACGAGGACUCCGCCGCCAAUUACUUGAGCAAGUGCAUCUACUCCAUCGGAGUAGGCAGCAACGACUACCUCAACAACUACUUCAUGCCUCAGUAUUACCCCACCAGCCGCCAAUACUCCCCGGAGCAAUACGCCGACGUACUCAUCCAACAGUUCACCGAGCAACUAAGGACGUUGUACAAUUAUGGAGCAAGGAAGUUCGUUCUGAACGGAGUAGGGCAGAUCGGGUGCAGCCCGAACGCGCUGGCGCAGAACAGCCCCGACGGGCGGACGUGCGUGGCGAGGAUCAACAACGCGAACCAGAUAUUCAACAGCAGGCUGAGAGGCUUAGUCGAUGAAUUCAACGGCAACACGCGCGACUCGAGGUUCAUCUACAUCAACGCAUACGGCGUCUUCCAAGAUCUGAUCAACAACCCGGCGGCGUUUGGGUUUAGGGUGACGAACGCAGGGUGCUGCGGCGUGGGGCGGAACAACGGGCAGAUAACGUGUCUGCCGUUGCAGCCGUCGUGCCAGAACAGAGACCAGUACUUGUUUUGGGAUGCGUUUCAUCCCACCGAUGCGGCCAAUGUUGUGGUCGGAAGAAGAGCUUACAGAGCUGAGAAGGCGUCGGAUGCUUAUCCCUUUGAUAUUAGCCGCUUGGCUCAACUCUGAGACCACACGACAAAGGAAAAAAAUAAAUAUAUAUAGUAUAUUGCAACAUUUGUGUGGCUGGCUAUUAUAGAAUUCAUAUGUGAUAUUGCUAAUUUGUGCUUCGAUAUAAUGUAAUUUUUUUUUACAGUUGAUAGUUGUUAUGAUUCUCGUGAUAUGGAAUGGAAGAAGCUCCAUUUUCGUGA